GAUUUCCCUUGGUGGAGAAGGGCGCAAAGCGGAACCCACGCCGGGCCGGACCGAGGAUGCCACAUCACUGCGAGCGCUGCCGGCCUCGGGGAGGCAUGCGGGGGCGGGGGCUGCUGCACGCGUGGCUGGCGGCGGCUGCAGUCGUGGCCGUGGGCAGCCUGGCGCCCACCGCCUCGCUCGCCGGACCGGCAAACUGUGUGGACAUCGGCCUGGGUUCUUGCAAUGACGUAUCUUAUUCCAAAACGGCAUAUCCUAAUUUACUGGACCAGAAAACCCGAGAAGCUAUUGAAUACAGUUCCGAAUACAUCUUGGCGAGUGUACUCCACAACCUCCUGCAGGGAGAAUGCAAUCCUGACCUGAGGCUCUUGAGUUGCUCCAUUAUGGCCCCGAAGUGUGAAAACGGGGUGGUCAUGAAACCUUGUCGGAGGGUGUGCGAAAGCCUGAGAAAAAAUUGCCUCCCGGCUUUCGAUGCAAUUGAAAUGGCUUGGCCGUAUUUCCUGGACUGCGACCGCUUUUUUGUGGAUGACGUGGAAGGGUGCUUCGAUCCAUUGGAGAAGCUGCGAGGGGAAAUAGAAUUUGCCGAAGAGGCCCUCAGGGAAGCACCAUCCUUCAUCCAGUUCACCCACCACUCCUUCCCGCAAAUGGUGAAAGCUUUGAAGAAGGUGGUCUCCAGGUGUCCUCAGGUGGCCCGGUUGUCCAGCAUUGGGCGCAGCUUUGAAGGAAAGGACCUCUUUGUGAUUGAGUUCUCCACCAGCCCUGGGAAGCACGAACUGCUCAAGCCAGAGUUGAAGUAUAUCGGCAACAUGCAUGGAAACGAAGUUGUGGGGAGAGAAAUGCUGAUCUACCUCGCCCAGCAUCUGUGUUCAGAAUAUCUUCUGGGCAACGCCAGGAUCCAGAAACUGGUCAACAACACUCGGAUUCACCUCCUUCCUUCGAUGAACCCAGAUGGGUACGAAUUGGCAGCAGAAGAGGGCGCUGGCUAUAAUGGAUGGGUCAACGGGAGGCAAACGGCUCAAAACCUUGAUCUCAACAGAAAUUUCCCAGAUUUGACUUCGGAAGCUUACAUACUUGCCAAGAUCCGAGGGGCUCGGAUGGAUCACCUCCCUAUUCCCCAAUCUUACUGGCUGGGCAAGGUGGCUCCGGAGACCAAAGCCGUGAUGAAGUGGAUGAAGUCCAUCCCAUUUGUGCUGUCUGCCAGUCUCCACGGAGGCGAUUUGGUCGUUUCUUAUCCUUACGAUUACUCGGUGCAUCCUACCGAAGACAAAAUGUUUUCUCCAACCCCGGAUGAGAAGAUGUUCAAGCUGCUUUCUAGAACCUACGCAGAUGCACAUCCUGGCAUCUCGGACAAAUCUGAAAUGCGUUGCGGGGGAAAUUUCGUGAAACGGGGAGGCAUCAUCAACGGGGCGGAGUGGUACAGCUUUACUGGAGGAAUGGCAGAUUUUAAUUAUCUCCACACAAACUGCUUUGAGAUUACUGUGGAGCUUGGGUGCGAGAAGUUCCCUUUGGCUGAUGAGCUGUAUAAACUGUGGCAAGAGAACAAGGAAGCUCUUUUGAAAUUCAUGGAAAUGGUUCAUCGUGGCAUAAAAGGAAUUGUCUCUGACAAAUUUGGAAACCCAAUCAAGAACGCCCGAAUUUCAGUCAAAGGCAUCCGCCAUGAUAUUCUUACAGCUGAUGACGGAGACUAUUGGAGACUUCUGCCCCCUGGCACAUACAUCGUAAGUGCCCAGGCAAGGGGCUACAGUAAAGUCCUGAAGAAGGUGACUCUGCCUGCCAAGAUGGCCAAGGCUGGUCGAGUCGAUUUUGUCCUGCAAGCCCUCAAUGGAAAGUUUAGAAAACUUCCCACCAGACAAGUGUAUGAUCCUCUGGAAGACUUUGAUCCUCAUGCUCAGACGGAGCUACGGAAGAACAGAGAGCAAUCCAUCCAGCCACGGGAGAGGCCCUGGUGGUGGUCAUACUUCAGUUCUCUGAAUCAGCACAAACCUUUGUGGUUGCUGAAGCAGAGCUGAACAAUUUUACACUCUGCCCAUCCUCAGCUACGCUGGUAGUUCACAGUGGCAUUACCAUUGCUACCUGGUCUGGAAAUGGAGCGGGACUCUGUCAUGGUUGAUCUAACAUGGCUGUUCUUAUCCUUUCCUGCAUUUUAUUUUCUCCUCCGCAUUAACAUUUGCUACAUAUUAAAUUAAA